AGAGACUCCUAUCGGUGAAAAUGGCGAACUUUCCUUUUUCUCGUGUUUUCGAAACGUGAAUGUUCCGAGCAUAAACACAACUUAAAUCACAGACAUGGUGCGAAUGAACGUAUUGAGCGAUGCUCUCAAAUCUAUAAACAAUGCAGAAAAACGCGGCAAACGCCAGGUUCUCAUCAGGCCUUGUUCCAAAGUGAUCAUUAAAUUUUUAACGGUAAUGAUGAAACAUGGUUACAUUGGGGAAUUUGAAAUCGUUGACGAUCACCGUAGCGGGAAGAUUGUUGUGAAUCUUACUGGUAGAUUAAAUAAAUGUGGUGUUAUUUCGCCUAGAUUUGAUGUUCCAAUUACACAUAUCGAGAAGUGGACAAAUAAUUUGUUACCUUCUCGUCAAUUUGGGUAUGUAGUGCUUACAACUAGUGGUGGAAUUAUGGAUCAUGAGGAAGCCAGAAGAAAACAUCUUGGAGGAAAAAUAUUAGGAUUUUUCUUCUAAUGUAACAUAUUUAAUAAAAAAAAUGUUUGAAAUAUAA